UAGUGUCCACGAGGGGAAGACAGAAAAAGGAAUUUUCAUUUUUCUCCAAUUUUUCCUCCGGCGUUCAAAGCUGUUUCUCUCACUCGUUCUCUUCUAUUUCGAGGUUUCUAGGGCUUGCUUCCGUCUCUCUUCCUUUCUUUGUUUGCCGGAAUUUCGUCUCCUCUCCGACAAAUUGAGCGGAGGUAUGAACUUUGAAGGCAUUCGAUCCGUCGAUCUAAUUCUUCCGACCGGGUUUUGGUAGGUUCUGCAGUGGAUUCUUGAGGGAUUUGUCUAUUCGUGGGUCUUGACUCUCGUCAGGGAUCAUGUUUCUUCUCGAUUGGUUCUACGGUGUCCUUGCAUCUCUCGGUCUUUGGCAGAAGGAGGCCAAGAUCUUAUUUCUAGGGCUUGAUAAUGCUGGGAAAACUACGCUCCUUCAUAUGUUGAAAGAUGAGAGACUGGUUCAGCAUCAACCGACUCAGUAUCCAACAUCAGAGGAAUUAAGUAUUGGGAAAAUCAAGUUUAAGGCCUUUGAUUUAGGAGGGCAUCAGAUCGCCCGCAGAGUCUGGAAAGAUUACUAUGCCAAGGUAGAUGCAGUGGUGUACCUGGUGGAUGCAUUUGACAGAGAGAGGUUUGCAGAGUCAAAGAAAGAGCUGGAUGCCCUCCUUUCAGAUGAAGCAUUGACGAAUGUUCCGUUCCUUAUUCUUGGGAACAAAAUUGACAUACCUUAUGCAGUCUCAGAGGAAGAACUGCGGUACCACCUUGGCCUGACAAACUUCACCACAGGCAAGGGUAAGGUGAACCUCACCGACUCUAAUGUUCGUCCUCUUGAGGUCUUCAUGUGCAGCAUUGUUCGGAAGAUGGGGUAUGGUGAUGGCUUCAAGUGGCUCUCUCAGUACAUCAAGUAGGAACAAGACAGGCUGUGAUUCCACAACUACCCAGAUGGUAUUCUCUGCCACGCUAGUGCAAUUAAUCACUGGACUUGAUUUUGAAAGUGUUAUCCCUUUGGAUUGGCUUUGAGGGAGGUAUUUAAUCAUGGUUGCAAUGUAAAGUGAAUUAUAAGUUGCAAAUCUUAGAGUGGGUUGGUAGGUACUUUGUUGUCUCUCCUUUUCUACUGUUCCCCAGGGUAGUAAAGUACGAGGCUGUGUUUUUUUGUUCAUCUAUUUUUAUGGCACAGGACAUGCAUGGUAAUAAUGUGAUUAAGGUUUGUAUUACAAUGUCAAUAUUUUACU